CCUUGUCAAAUACAAAAGUUUUCUAUGCAAGCACUUUACUCCGAUCGUUCAAUUAAUAUGGCAGCUAUAUGCUAUAGUAUUCCGAUCUAAACAAUUUCUUCGGCGAUCACAUUGUUGCCUUAGGAAAUAACUUAUGUUAACUUUCGUGAAGAUAUUACUUUAAUUAAAAAAGUUUCCCAUACAAGCACUAUUUUACUUGCACUUGAUUACGAUUAUUCAGUAUAUGCUAUGGUGGUUCGAUAUCGGAUUAGCCGAUAUCCGACAAAUGAGUAGCUUCUUAGUGAGGAAAGGGCAUGUACAAAAUUUCAGAUCAGAUAGAUCAGUCGGCAUGUCAGUCUGUCCAGAAUUUCAAAAGCCUAACCUAAUCCUAGAGCCCAUGUCUCGUAGAACUUGAAGCAAAGUCCAAGAAAUAAUAGCAAAUGCAAAUUAUGUUACCCAAACGGACCUUAUAUCCUGCUAAGAACUAUAAACUCAGCGGCAUACCUAAAAAUUCUGUCGGCAAUGGUUUCUGUAGUGCAACAACAGUACAAUUGCUAUUUAACUUCUACCUAUACAGGGACGAAUUACUUCUGCCGAAACAUCUUAUUACUUGGCUAUACCGUUAUAUGAUAUGACGUCGUCAUAACAUUUAAGUCCACAUCUAUAAAGGGUUAGAAUGAUCAUUACAUCAACCACAUAUGUUAUUAUAUAUGUUCAGCGAUUAAAUAUAUUUUUUUUUUAUUUUGAAAAUGGAGAUACUUGUAGCUCAGAUAACCCCAGCAAUAAUCUAUAAAUUAUUUUCGCGGUGCACUUCGUACAGAGCAGUUGGAAUGUGCAGUAGCAAUUUCUUUUGAUACGAUUGAUACGCUGCAGCGGAAUUAAAACAUAAUCGUAUUAAAUAUUUGGAACUGGGAAAAAUGGAAGUAUUAAAACAUGCAUAUACGUACAAACACGAACGGCACUUCCUUGUAAAAUUGUUAUUUAUCUUGGGUGCGACAGCACUGGUUACGGGGCAGGAUGAUGGUUUUUCCGAGAACGUGGAUGACAACGUUUACUCAUGGUAUAUUUUGGAUGUAACGCGAAUAUUACAAAAGGCCAAAAGUAAUAUUAUUAUUUCACCAAGCAAUAUAAAAGCACUACUGAAAACACCUCCGCUAGUGGACUUACGUUUUGGAAACGAUGAAAUAAUGUUAGGACAAAACGUAAUUUUCGCAGAAUCAAAGGAAAUUUUAAUUAGACCGGAAAAUUUAGAAUUGUUUUAUGAUUGCGAAAUUCAAGAGGCAUCUUUCACUGAUAAAAAUCAGCUAAUUACAACUAUUAACAAUUGGACUAAGAGCACAACGGAUGAAAAUGUGCUUAAAUUAAUUGAAUCGAACUUAGAAAGAACUGACUUGCAAGUAUUAAUUUUAAAUAUGCUCAAUUUUAAGGAAACUUUACAUAUCAAUUUCAAGUACACACUAAAUGUUACAUUUCAUGAAAGACCGGACAAUACAAUCGUAUUACCGGCUGUAGAAACAACUGAAUAUUUGAGGUAUCUUGACUCGCAAAUUUUGGAUGCCAAAAUAUUAGAAUUACCUUAUAGUAAUGGUUAUUUUAUGUAUAUUCUUCUACCGCAUACCAAACAAGGUGUUAACGAUAUGAUCAAUAAUCUCGGCUACGAACAGCUUAAGCGUAUCCAAUGGAUGAUGGAAGAACGGCGUGUGAAUGUAGUAAUGCCCACAUUUAAAUAUCACUUCAUGACAAACAUGAGAGAGCAUAUUCAAAAGAACUCUGCACAUCGGUUUGAUAUUGAUUUUAAACCUACAUUUGGCGUUGAAACGGAGAAAGUAAAUAUUUUGCAAGCAACAUCCGUUCAGUUCAAUGGAAGCGGAAAAGCUCGAGUGGAAGACUACAAAAAAACUCAAGCAAUUAAAUAUGAAAGGUUUCAUGUAGAUCGACCUUUUGCUUUUUAUAUUGAAGAAAAGAACACAGGUCGGAUUGUAUGUAUAGGCAAAGUUUUAAAUCCAAUGCUUUAAGAGCAGAUUCUCAUUUGUAUGUUCUUAUGUACCAUAAUGAUAUGUAUGUAUAUAUACAUAAACAUUUGUAUUAUAGACGAAGAAGUCGAAUGCAAAAUAAAUUUUAUAAAAUAAUAUGUAACAAA